UUGAGAAGGAAAAAAAAAGAAAAAAUUUCCACAAAGAAAGUGACCCUCCGGAAGAGGAACACGAGAAACAGGAGGAACAGGAGGAACAGGAGGAACACACAGUGACUUCUCCACCCGGGGUACUACCACCAUCAGGGCCUUCCAAACAAGGUAAAGGAAACCCCUCAUCCCAUGCGCUGAUACUAACCCCGACGAGAGAAUUGUGUGUGCAAAUAUAUGACCAAAUUAACAAACUCUGUUUGAACAAAUUAAAAUCGUGUAUCCUAUUCAGCGGAAUAAAUUACAAAAAUGCAUAUGACGACAUUCACCGAGGAGUGGACAUCAUAAUUGCAAAUGUAAAAACGUUAAUCAAUUUUGUUAAUAAAAAGUAUCUCUCCCUUACGAAGAUAAAGUAUGUCAUUUUGGACGAAUUUGACCGACUUUUUUCGAGGCAGUUUGUACACUCCGUCACGUCCAUACUUCGAAAUAUAAGGGCAGACGCGAUGAAGGGAUUUUUUUCCUCCACCUUUUCGGAGCAAUCAUGUGAAAUAGCAAAGCCGUACUUAAAUAAAAAAUUUAUCAUCAUCAAGGUGGGCGAGAACAACGUUUUAAUCGAUAAAAAAUUUUACAUCCUAGAGGACCAUGCUAAGUAUGAUUAUUUGAUCAAUUGUGUGCAUGCCUGUGCCCCAAGUGGCCAAGGAUUUAUUUUUUGUAAUAGCAAAAAAAAUGUGAUGAUUUUAUAUGAAAAAUUGAAAAGGGAAAUCUCGCUCAGGCACAUAACUUUUGACUACAUUUAUGGAGACAUAGACCAGACGGAGAGGCUAUACAAAUUGGAUUGCUUGAAGAAAAAGAAAACGCAAAUUUUGGUCAGCACGGACCUGAUGGCGCGCGGCAUCGACAUCAUCGACUUGAACUUUGUCAUCAACUACGACUGCCCCAACGACAUCUUCGUUUACGUGCACAGGAUAGGCAGGUGUUCCCGGAUGAACAACCGGGGACAAGCCAUAACGUUCAUACAGCCAUCCGAAAAAAGAAUUGCCUUCCUCAUUUACUGCCACUUAAAUAACAAAAAGGAAAAAGUGGAUCAAGAGCUGGAAAACUUUAUUCGCAGCAACAACCUCCAUAAUGAUGUCCAAAUGAAAAAAAUGAAAAGAAAAAUGAACGACUCCAUCUUUGAUGUGUCGCAGAAGAAGGCAAAACAUCCGGGGGAUAACAAAUCCAUGUUGACUGACCUUGCCUUUAAAAAAAUGUCCGCACCAUCCAGAAGUGAUGAAGACGCUUUAAAAAAUGUGAAGGUCUUUACGCCAAAUGACGUUUUGACAUCCUCCGAUGAGGACUACU